GUGUGACCAUUGCUGGAUUGGUCUGGGGUUCACAAAUAGAAAACGUUGUAUGCCGGCAAAGUUCUAAUUGUCAAUGAGGCCACCAAAGUCCUGGUCCAGCCGGUCUUGUGAGCGGCCAUGGCAUGCAUCUUCCUUGCUUGACGUUACACGUGCGACAGCGGUAGAGCUUGCUUAUGCGAUGAUCGCUACGUCAUAGAGCAAUUCUUCUCCAAAUUCUUGGUGCUCUUCGGUGCAAGAUCAUCCAUCGUGGAUGCAAAGAAGCCUUCUCAGACACUCACUCGCAUCUUUCUCGCGCGUUCAAUCAAUCUCCCUCCGCUUCAUGUCGACGACCGAAAGAAAAACCGAGCUCGCGGAAUCGCUGGCUGAGAUCCGCGCACGGGUGCAAGACGUUACGAAGCCCACGAGCACCCCCACUCUUGUUGCCGUAUCAAAGUACAAACCCGCAUCCGACAUUCAGUCGUGUUAUGACCUGGGGCAGCUCGACUUCGGAGAAAACUACGUGCAGGAGCUGGAGGACAAGGCGAAGGAGCUUCCUGCAGAUAUCAGAUGGCACUUCAUCGGCACCCUGCAAUCCAAUAAAGCGAAGAUCCUAGCCGCCAUCCCCAACCUGUACUCGAUCCAAACUCUUACGUCCGCGAAAACAGCCACGGCUCUCAACAAACUUCUGCCGGACGAGCGGUCCGAGCCGCUAAACAUCCUCAUUCAGGUGAACACUUCCGGCGAAGACUCCAAGUCCGGCCUCAACCCACUCGAUGCAUCAGACGCCGACGCCGACGCCGAGCUCACACAACUAGCCAAGCACAUCAUCUCGACGUGCCCAAAGCUACGGCUUCAGGGUCUCAUGACGAUCGGUGCCAUCGAGCAGUCGCUCAGUGCGGGUGACCAGAACGCCGACUUCGAUCGACUGGUGCGCACACGGGAUGUGUUAUCGGGGGUGCUUGAGAGGGAGUUUGGGCUGAGUGGCUGGGGUGCUGAUGGCAACGGCCGUCUGCUGUUGAGCAUGGGCAUGUCCAGCGACUUCGAAGCUGCUCUCAAAGCCGGGAGUGACAUAGUCAGAGUCGGGACGGGCGUCUUUGGCGCUCGAGCCAAGAAAACAUGAAUCUACCUGCCAUCGUACUCGUUGUUCUGACCACGGAUUUGCUCACGGAUCGAUGAAUCUACGACUGUUGACGCGCCCUGAUCGGCGAUCCAGCCUGAUCGAAUGGCAAGACAAUAUGCGAAUUCAUCCCUUGGUCUUUCACAAGGGAUCAACUCUGGGACCCACUUCGCCCUCGUACUAGCAAGCUGUUGUGCUGCAAAUCGGGCCGAUCCAAUUCGGUGGCCGAUUGCCCUUUUGUAUAAGAGAGGCCGAUCGCUUCUGACACCUAACUAGGAUACUCACGAUCAUGACCGAAGCCCCAUUGCACCGGCUAUCGAAAGCAUUUCUGAGACAGCCUUUGCGGCAGCCACCCGCGUACUGCACCGUCUGCCAGUUGGGCUCGAUGUCGAUCUUCCCUAGUCGCGCGUCGGGAAUGCCUGUCACUGGCCAGCGUGCGGUCGGGCCCCUCCGCCCAAAGCAAGCUCAGAUUUCCACGGCGGACCAUGACAACAGCGACGCACGGCUGCGCGUCCAAGGGUAGAACUGGCUAAGUUUAUUACGGCCAAGUCUUGUUGACUCGACACCUGCGUUAGUGGUUAUGUUUCUAUUAGAUGAUUCUACCCACCUCCGAAUGAGCGGGUCCCUUGAGUGUCAUAGUAGCCCGAGUCUUGAAAAAGACAAUUGUUCCCCGCAGUGUUGACGGGGUCGGGUCUUGUACUAGACCUAGACCCCGGGGUCUUGGGUCGGGUCUUGGUCGGGUCUACCCGUUGACAAUUUUUGGCAAGGUCUACUGGGGUCUUGUCCCAAUUGGGCAGCUUCGUCAUGGAAGAAUCAUUUUUGCUCACGCCCAGCAAUGUGCAAGUCAAAACCACUCAUGUUGCAAGGGACACCUGGGACUCAUCGUAGAGUUGAGGGCUGGUCCUGGGCCACCUUUGAAAAAGGCCCCAUGUUCAAGACAAACAAGAUGAAAUGCGAGGCGCGCUGCCUUGGGGAGCUUGUGUAAGCUCAAGCAGGCCGCACUAUGUGCAGAGCAUGAGAAAAACAUUAUUGUGGAAAGGUUUUCUCUGAAAUGUGGAGACUAGUUACUGUUUGAAUAUCAUCAAGUUUGUCC